UUUCAAAGAUUACCAGAGUCACCUGCCAACAAACUGGAAAUUUUGGAAGAUAAGACUCGGCCUUGUUCGCUAUAAAGACAGUUUUAAGAAAGACUGCGGUUAUUUUUACAAAAGCUUUUGAAAUGAAGGUAUUUUUGUUGUUGUUUUCUGUGAUUUGCAGUACCCAGGCCUUUGUGUGUCUACCAAACGCCUGUGCUACCGUCAGAUGCGCAGCUGUUACAGCGGAGAACUGCAAUGGCGUCAUAAAACAAAAUGGCGGAUACUGUGGAUGCUGCGACUCCUGCGAGAAUUAUCUUGCUGAAGGAGACACGUGCUUCAGCUCCAUCUUACUUGGUGUCCCCUCCACCAGUCACUGUGGGCCAGGACUGCACUGUGACAUGCACACAUUUAAGUGUGUUGCUAAUAUCCAAGCAAGGGCUCUGAACCCAUGCGCCCAGGAACUGUCUACUUUUACCGCCACCCAGAACGGACAACCACUUUUGGGUGCCCACAAACCUCUAUGUGAUGCUGAUGGUUACUACCAGCCUAAACAGUGCCAAGGCUCAGGAUGCUACUGCGUAACUAAGGAAGGCAAAGAGAUUGAUGGAUACAGUGCUCACAUCUGGGAGGCUCAGCACAUGACUUGUCAGUGUGCACGUGACCAGAAAGAGUACAUGGAUUCUGGUUUGAUUGGUCGCCUAUUUUACUGCACCAGUGAUGGAAGUUACCAGAAUUACCGAUGUGUUGGUGACGUCUGUCAUUGUACGGACUCUGACGGUAACGUCAUCGCCGAAUCUCAAUCUGUCGACAUCGCUCAUGUCGACAAUCUCAACUGUCGUCAGUAGAAAAGUAACUCUUCUUUUUGACCUACAUGUAAGGCGUUUUGUUGUCAGAAAGUAAAAUAAACACAGUACUUUAAAAAAAACCCUAAUACAGUAUUAUUUUAACUUGGCUUGUUGUUGAAGUGGAUCUUUAUGAAGAAAUAAACUACAUGUAUAUUCUU